CUUCAGAAUGGAGAUCUCCUCUCAUCAGUCUCACCUCCUGCAGCAACUGAACGAGCAGCGCAGGCAAGAUGUAUUUUGUGACUGCAGUAUUCUAGUUGAAGGGAAGGUCUUCAAAGCACAUCGAAAUGUAUUAUUUGCUAGUAGCGGCUACUUUAAAAUGCUUCUUUCUCAGAAUUCAAAGGAGACAAGUCAGCCAACGACAGCUACAUUUCAGGCUUUCUCCCCUGACACUUUUACAGUUAUCUUGGACUUCGUAUAUUCUGGCAAACUGUCUCUUACUGGUCAGAAUGUUAUAGAAGUGAUGUCGGCUGCUAGCUUCCUUCAGAUGACUGAUGUCAUAAGUGUAUGUAAGACUUUUAUUAAAUCUUCCUUAGACAUUAGUGAGAAAGAAAAAGAUCGCUAUUUCAGUCUCUCAGAUAAAGAUGCCAAUUCUAAUGGUGUAGAACGUUCCUCUUUUUAUAGUGGUGGCUGGCAAGAAGGAAGCAGUUCUCCACGUUCUCACCUAAGCCCAGAGCAAGGAACAGGUAUAAUAAGUGGAAAAUCUUGGAAUAAGUAUAAUUUUCAUCCAGCCUCCCAGAAGAAUACUCAACAACCCUUGGCCAAGCAUGAACCAAGGAAAGAGUCCAUUAAAAAGACCAAACAUUUGAGAUUGUCACAGCCUUCUGAAGUUACUCAUUAUAAGUCAAGCAAACGAGAAGCACGAACAUCUGAUUCUUCCAGCCAUGUUUCCCAGUCUGAAGAACAAGCACAAAUUGAUGCUGAAAUGGACUCUCCUCCUGUUGGCUAUCAGUACGGUCAAGGAUCUGAUGUCACAUCCAAAAGUUUUCCAGAUGAUCUGCCCCGGAUGCGAUUCAAGUGCCCGUACUGCACACACGUGGUGAAGCGGAAGGCAGACCUAAAGCGCCACCUUCGCUGUCAUACAGGAGAAAGGCCCUAUCCAUGUCAAGCCUGCGGAAAAAGAUUUAGCAGACUAGACCAUCUAAGUAGCCAUUUUCGAACA